AAAAAACCUUAGCUAAUGAAUGCGUUGCAUACGAUAUGGAUAAUGGAUUCAUGGUAUCUCUUACUAUACAGGCAUUCAUGCAUGCAUGGGAUGCGGCAUGCGUAGGCGCACAUUCUGAUGAUGACGCUCCGACCUUCCUCGUACCAGAAGGGAAGACAUUCUUGCUGAGUGCAGUGUCCUUCGAAGGGCCUUGCAGCUAUCCCAUCCACAUACAGAUUGAUGGAACCAUCUUGGCACCCAAUGAAACUUGGACAUUAGAGGAAGAUAUAUGGAUCAUCUUCCAGCACAUUAACGGUCUAACCAUUAAUGGAUCGGGUCUGAUUGAUGGUCAAGGUUCCAUUUGGUGGGAUUGUAGAGCUCAGGAGCAAUGCGACAACGCGCCAAAGGCCUUGGGUAUUCAGAGAUGCACGAACGUCCAGCUGAGUAACUUAAAUUUCAAGGACAGUCCUAAGAUGCAUGUAGUCAUAGACAACACUGUUGGUGCCCAUGUCACCAAU